AUGGCUUCUUCAGUCUCUUCGGCAUCCCUCAAAGAAGAUGCUGAAUACGGAAAAUUAGAUUUCGACCAGUUCGCCUUGGCAAACUGGGACUACUCCAGGUCUGUGUCGGAGGACAAACAGCAAUGGGAGGAGCUAGUUCCCCAGUUCCUGGCACUCACCCCGUUGCAGCGACUGCCAUACCGUGUGCUUGCAUCCUCAUAUCCCACGCCUGCCGCGACGCCAGAUAGGGUCGCCCGCGUGCUUGCGCCGCAUCAGACAACCUGGGAACGCAACCUCGCCGCCAGCAACAGCGGAUCUUACAGUCCGGUCCUUCUACGAACGUGCUAUGCGCCUGAGCUGGAAGAGGCAUACAGGCUCCUAGCUGAACAGUGUGAAAUUGGCCGGGGCUUCGGCGUCGAGCCUGACAUGGUGCUGGACAAUCCUGCACGUUACAAUUUUGGCAGCCAUCGAGACGCCUGGAAAAACAUCCUCAUAUGCAUCCCCACGCUUCCCGACACACUGUGCGGGUCGGUUGAGGAGGACUUUGAGUGGUACGGGGCAGUCCUUGAAGAGGGCCGGGGUGUUGACGUGGAGGACGACAGCGCAUGGCUUGAGCACGCGUCCGAUUUGUUUACAAUGCUAGUCUACGUCGUGGACGAUGAGGCUGUCCGUGAGGGGCUGGUCAAGAUGAAGUGGUUGGAUGCGCACGGCCGUUGCAUCUGGGAAAACAGGAUCCCGCCUAACCGCUUGGCUCCCUUCCGCGGCGGGCUGAUGGGCGGCACUUCCCCUGGUGAGGCUGUGGAGACCUUUUCGAGGGGUGAGAAUGCCGGUGCCAGAAACGCAGUGCUCAGGCCGUAG